AUGAAACCUGCAUCGUCACAAGUCGUCUUCCCGCUUACAUUGCUCCACUCAGACCAGGAAGAGUCAGGUGGUGGUCCAUACACUGACACCGACAUUACUGUCCUCAUGCCAUACCUGUACUUCUGUCAUUCAGUGAACAAGGCGGAAGUCUUUUCGUGUUUACGGUACACGUUCAUGGACCGACAACAGAGCUCGAGUAUUUCUUUUGCCGGCGCUGACCUGAAAUAAACUAUAUUCUUAAUGAAAGUCGAUAAAAUGAAGCAAGCAUCAUCUUGAGAAAAAUUUCAAGAACUCAUCUGUCAGAUGUGCGCACCGUGAGGUCAAUGUUCUGAGAUAUGGUCCUUGCAGAGAAAUGUCAACUAAUGAAAUACCUUGGAAAGAGUUCAUGCUGCUUAUUCUGGUAUUAAUUUCCAUGAUAUGCGUGUCAGCAUCUCAAAAAGACUGCUCGUCUUUCAAUGCCGCUGAUUACAUUGGCCAGGAUACUAAAGGACUACACAUCUCAUAUGGCGACUGCUCGUUCAAGAAAACGUUUUGUAACUACACACAAGCUUGUACCAGUGGCGACGCUAACAACUGGACUACAACAGACGGUGGCGCCGUGUGUCCUGGGAAAAACGGAGUGUUCGACUCUUUCUCAGUCCUACUGUCACCUUUGUUGACUAUCACACAAAAUACAUCUCUUGUCUUCAACUAUUCUCAGACCACGCCAGGGACGCUCAGUGUGUUUAUAGUAACAACUACAGAGAUAACUGUUAAGCUUAAAGAAGUUUUAUUUGAUGGGUCUUUCCAUAAAGAGGUGAACAUCGAGCCAGCAGUCCUUAAGAUCGGCUUCAGAGCCCGGGCACCAAACACUGGCAACAACGUGACUCUGAGUUACGUGAAGCUUCAAACAGGAAUCUACACAUCUACCACAGCAGCAUCAAGCACAAGUGACACGUCACUCACCACCUCCACUGAGAGUACUCGUAACACGUCACUGACAACCUCCUUGGCUGAAACAGGUAAACCAGAAGCGACAAGCGGAAGUAGCGUCGGUGUAACUGUAGGUGUUGUGGUGGCUGUGGUUGUUGUUGUUGCUGCUGGUGUCAUUGCUGGAUUUUUUAUUUGGAGACGCCGCAAACAGCGAGAGAAUCAUAACACUGUACAGGAAGCAAAUCUGAAAGUCAGCCAACACAUCUACGAGAAUACAGGUUCAAGUGAGGUACAAAGUACAACAGCAGAAAGUACAGACUCUGUGACAUACAGAAACCUGUACGACGCCAUGAACUUUGAAGCCCCAACUAAUGACAUUCACAUUUACAAAUCUAUUGAUACAUAAACAGCAGACACAACUGACCUUUCUAAUUAGACAAACUAAUCCAAAACUCUUCUAUAUCUUUAACGCUUUUCCUUGUUCUCCGUGUUUUUCCUUCAGUAUUUAAAAGGUCUGUAUACAGGAUUUCACACUCAUGUCACCUACAGUAAAUGUACCUGAGGAACUAUUGCUCCUAUUGUAUUAAUUUUUUAAUCAGUUUGGGAGUGUAAAGCAUUAAAGUUGUCUUUUAAGU